AAUAAAUCACAAUUUUAUUCCGUGGAUUUACAAGCAUUUAAAAAGUGUUGAUACAAUUUUCAUUAAAAGUCCAGUAAAAGAGGCGAUAGUUACCGUAAAAUAAUCUUCUGUUACGAAAUUCCUGUUCAGAAUAACAUUUGCGGUACCUUUAAGACUCAAAAUGCCUGAGCAUUCCCUCGAUGACGGUCUUGAAUUAAUAGAGGAUAAUUUCUCGUCAAACUCAAUUGCCAGAUGUGAAGUAUUGCGUGAUGAUCACCAUAAUGGCACUGGCGUACGCCGACAGAACAUUGUCGAUAUUGAUUUUUCAACUUAUAAUCAAAUCAUUGAACCUGAUCUUAAUGAAUUUGAAAGACAAUUGGAGAUCGAUAGAAUAAAUAGACAACAAAUUGAAAAUCUCCAAAAUAAUCUUUUGGAGUACUUUCGUCGACCAACUCAAAAAUGUCGUAUGAAACUCAAAAGUACUUCACGAAAAUCAUGUGAAAUGAAGGUUCCAAAUAAUGCAGACUUUUAUGAUCCAUCCCAAUCAGUCGGACGUAAAGUCAUAAUUAAGAUUGUAAAGCUUAAAGAACCAGAGAAGGCAAAAGUCAUUGAAUCUAAGAUUUCAAAAGAUUGUAAAUGCGAUUCGGAAUCUGAGUGGAGUGAUACUGAAUCAAUCUUUUGAACUUUUGUCAGUUCAAAAGUUUCCAUGUUAAUGUACUAGGAAGUAUAUAAUAUAUUUGUCGUAUGUAAAUAUAUUUAUAUAUAGUAUUUAUUAAAGAUAUUUUUUUUCAUAUUUUGAUAUUGACAUCAUUUUGCAUAUCCAUAAAAACCCACCUCAUCACUAAGGAAAAAGAGCGACACCUAAUAAAUUUAUGAACAAUAUCAGAAUUUUUACUAAAAAAUAAAAUUGU